GUGCGUUUUGUUCGAUGAGGGGAAGGAGAAACAAAUAAACAAUAAUAAGAGUUAAUUAAACACAUUUCGUUCAGUUUUUGUGGUAUUUUUAGCAAAAAAAAUGCCAAAUUCCACAUCCAAUUGUGCCUGUUAAUGCAUUGAAAGUGUUUCCGCUAGUUAGAUUACUCAAUACGUGCAUAAAUUGAGGAAAAAAUUUCUAGCCGCAUUAUGACAUCAACAAAGAAUGGAUUUUACUUCUACAUUCUGCAGUGAUAAUGGCCGCGAUAAUGAUUAAACCAUUGGAUUGUCUUUUUUGAGAAAUCUAAUCCAAUAUCCUUUUAUCAAUGAUGCGGUUAAAGCAAGGCAUCAAGACGUCAGCUAUCUUGGAGCAGGGAACGAAACGCCGUCGGCGAUCCGAUGUCAAACAGGAAGAAUGUCCCAAGAAGAAGAAGCUGGAUCUUUGGAAGAAGAUAAUCGCGAUACUCAAGAAGGUGGAGUCUAAGCGGACCAUUGAGGAUGAGAGAUUACUAGUCAUUCAUAAGAGUUUGGUAAAACAAAUUCAGGAACGCAGGAAACGUCGCGUUGAAUAUAAAGAGCGAAUGCUAGAAACGGAAGAUGCACCGGAGGUAAUUCAAGCCAAGGCAUUGAAGUUGGCACAGGCUAUAGCAAAGUCCCAGCAUUUAGUGGUUUAUACAGGAGCCGGAAUCAGCACUUCGGCCAAGAUACCGGAUUACCGUGGAAGCCAAGGGAUUUGGACAUUGCUGGCCCAGGGAAAGGAUAUCGGCGAGUAUGAUUUAUCAUUGGCUGAUCCCACCUACACUCAUAUGGCGCUUUUUGAACUGCACCGAAGAGGAAUGUUGAAACAUGUUGUAUCGCAGAACUGUGAUGGAUUACAUUUGCGAUCUGGACUACCGAGAUUUUGCUUAUCGGAAGUACAUGGAAAUAUGUACGUCGAGGUGUGCAAAAACUGCAAGCCAAAUGUAGAAUAUUGGCGAUUGUUUGAUACUACCCAGUUGACGAAUCGGUAUCAGCACAAAACGAACAGACGUUGUAGGAAAUGUGGAAAGCCACUGGUUGACACGAUUGUCCAUUUUGGCGAGCGAGGACAACUGAAGUGGCCGCUCAAUUGGGGUGGAGCAACUUCACACACGGAAAAGACUGAUGCCAUACUUUGUUUAGGGUCUAGCUUGAAAGUUCUCCGAAAGUAUACCUGGUUGUGGGCUACGGAUAGGCCGAUGAAAAAACGUCCCAAAAUUUUCAUCAUCAAUCUUCAAUGGACCCCAAAGGAUAAGGUUUCAUCGAUUAAGAUCAAUGGAAAAUGUGACGAAGUUAUGAAACUGGUCAUGAAGCACUUGAGUAUUGAUGUUUCCGAUUACAAUCGUCUCCAGGACCCGAUAUUUGCUCACGCCACCUUGCUACUGCCGGAAGAACAACACACGGCUUCUCAACCUAUGCUGAAAAAAGCUAACAAAGAGGAAACUACUGAUGGAGGCUGUACUUCGGCAGUAGGUAGCUUAAAAACGGAAAUUAAAAGUGAGGAUUUGGAUAUCAAAAAAGAGACAGCACAUCAGCAGAUUCCAUUUCUUCUCGGUCAACAAUCCUUUUUAACUCCUCAGCAAUUAUACAUAAACAAUCUUCUGAUGCAGCAACAGAUCAACUAUAAUUUACUUUUGAAUGCCGCCCAGUUACAGGUUAAAAACGAAACCCAAUCGGGUGUCGUGUCUUCCUCCACUGUCAAACUGCCACCGCACUCCGCUGUUCCCCCGCUUGUACCGUGUUCAUCAAACGGACUGCGACCGGCCAGUCCUCCUGCUGCGAGAUUUAUUAUUCCUAACCUAACCAAUCAGCAAUCACCUUCUUCGGUGAAUGUGAUUAAAAUCGAUACCACCUCCAGCUUGUUUGGCAAUUUGCGACACAUGUUAAACACCUUUGAUGAAAAGUCAUGCAACGGCAGCUCAAACCAAUCACCGGAAGCUAAAAAAUCACCCUUAAACAAAAUCCACAUCGUUAUGCAACCCGUCUUACCGGCUGCUGCCGACGUUCCUAAACUAGUUCCACUGAAAUGUUUGGCCAGUAACAACUCAAAGCAGUCGGUACUGCAACCGCGAAAUAUUUCAAGCACAGUUGAAAAACCUGUCGCCGACAAACCAGUGCUAACGAGAGAUUCUAUGAAAGUUUCGGAAAAUUUACCGGAAUGCAUUCUACAAGAUGAACCUCCAAAUGAAAGCCAAUCAUCCCACACAGAAGAACGAGCUGUUAACAGCUUAGCUAAACCUGUGAUCGAACUGAACAGUGGACGAUCUGCAAAUUCUGAUGGUACCAACAGUUCAUCGGAAUCAAAUCCCAGUUUGACCGAAGAAGACGGUAUGAACGCAAGUGCUGAGUCUAAAUUAUCUACGAAAAUAGGUCCAACAUUAUGUCAAAACCCAGACUCUCGAGUGGCUAGUGCCGUAGAUUCAAAACCUAACGAAAUGCAGAAGCAAGAACAACAGAAUGUGAAGGUUGCUAAUUCUACCAGCCGUGACGAAAGUAAAGAUGGCACUGGAUUACUAACUAAUAAAGAAUCAACCAACGAAACAACAUCAACCUCACCACCAGCCGCGAACGUUCAGCCUCCGAAUACGGUGAAAGUUAUCCUCAGCCACAGUUCGGUGUUUCAUUUGUACGAAAGUGCUCCCAAAAGCGUAGACGGUUGCCCUCCGGCGUUAACUUUAAUCAGUCCGUUCAAAUUCCAACUACCGAUAAAGAUACAACAUCCAAGUGUAACGCCAUCGACAACCGCAACGCAACCACUGACAGUUGGAAGCGCUCCUACGAAGGUUCUUGGCAACAACAACGGCAAGAAUGUUGUAUCACCAACGCUUAGUCCAACUGAUCGUAAGUUGCUUGCUGCAAGCAGAAUAAUUCUGGGAGGUCAGCAACCCAUUCAACCGCGAUUGCUGAUGCCUAAUACAGCCAGACUGAAUAACUUUCGGCUCCCAACAACAACAACAACAACAACAACAGCUUCAACGACACCAGUUUCGCCGUUGCGACCAGCCUUCAGCAAAGUAAAUUUAGAAACACCUGGUACGACUGAAUUAGAUAGUAUUCAUUCCGGAGCUGUUAAUGUUGCAAAGACAACCUCCAGCGCAUUACCAGUUCCUAAUGGUAUUCAUUUGCGGGCUCCACUAGUUUCCAAUGGUUCGACACCACCACAUCUGCUGAUCAAUGGAAUGCCCGCAAUUAUUUCGACUAAUUUAGCCUCUAAUGCACCAAAAGCAAUCCCAGUGAAUCCUGCCCAAAGAUUUCCGAUAGCGUACGUCCUUAACAAAGGGCUACCGAAUCAGGGUGGCAGUAUUGUCCUGUUAACUUCCCCACCCCGGCCAAUUAGUCCGACCAAGGUUGUGUCCCCUAAUGUUCCUUCAAUGGUACCGGUAUUCAAAACACCACCCAAGCUAGCGCAGAUAGUUCCCAUUCCGGCAUGUGAGAAGUCCACGGUUGAAACAUCCAAACCUCCCGACGACGAACAGACUCUAGCAGCAGAUUCAACGAAAUGCUCAGAUCCAAGUACGAACUUAAGUGCAGAACGGUUGACGGAUAUCUCACCGACUCGCUCGAUAGAAGAAUCAUUUGAAAAACAGUGCGAAACGCCACCUAUCCCUCCCAGUCCUGAGUUAACCUCAGAAGAUCAAAGUUCACCUUUGCCCACUCGAACGCGCAGUUUCCGCAUUCGGAAGAAAACCGAUUUCCUCAAUAUCAAGCACCCGGAGAAGAAACGACCACGAAAGGAUACUACGCCGACAACUCCGAAGCCAAAAGAGGAAAGCUGCAAAGUUGGCGAAGAAACAACUCCGUCAAAGCCGUCGGAAUCACCCAUUUCAGCGGCGGUUUCACCUUCACUUCAAGCAUAUGUAGUAUCGCCUAGUACGGCUCAGGUGCUAAAAAUGCCACCUGGUACGCCUGUGACAUCGACCGGCAACAUGCCGGUCCGGAGUUUCUUGACAUUCACACCCCCCGGCAGCUACAUUCAACAGUUUAUCACACCCGUACAAGCAGGUGGAGCAGAAUCCGCUCAAGACAAAGUGAAACGCAUCCUCAGCUACUGUAAGGUGCUACAAGCGCCCUGCGCUGCCACACUGCCCCAGUGGUACGACGUUAACUACGCGUAUUCUGGUCUCCAUAGUAUUAUUCAUCCACCACCGCCGAACGCCAACAUGUGGGAAGGGGGCGGUUCUCCGAUCAAGCGUGAACUGCAGAUCGAGUGUAAAUUUUGCUUCGAAAACUACCGACAGAUUGGCUGUCAGUUUUACGUGCCGCAGCCAGCGGAAUUUGUUGUAACAUCGAAACGCCACGGUAAGCUGAUAGUUUGCGAAUGCUGUGACUUCUCCGAUGAAGAAUCGGCGGAGCCUGAAGUGCCUGGCAGCGAUGACACCGAAGCGAAACCACCGAUCCCACUAGAGCCGGCUGUAGAGACGGAAAGCAUUCCGGUUGCUUCAACCUCCAAAAAUGAAAUUAAAAGCGAACCCGAAUCCGAUAGCGCAGAUGAGAAACCGUUGUUGGAACUAAAACCGGUGGUGACAACCGUUUUGUCUGAGGAAAAGGAAUCGCUUCCUAAAAUCGAACAAGAUAAACUAGUGUCGGCUUGCAAGGAAAAUGCCACCAUCGGGAUAGUUAAAAAGUCCCGCACGAAACCCGGUUGGUACGGUAAAGGUUACGGUAAGUUGAGAAAGAAGAAAAAACGCUUGGGGUAAGAUUGCGGCUAACUGCGGGAAAGUGUUCUGCAAGUGGUAAUCAUGUUUUGCAUUUUGUGUGAGUUCGUUUUUUACAGUGUCAUGUUUUCGUUCCUUACUUACUUUUCCGUGUGAGAUGCUUUUUAGCUCGUAUAGAAAGUAAAACCUUCUGCGCAACAAUCAGUUCGAAGUACAGGACGCGUAUACUUAGUUAGUGCUUCGUUUAUGUUAGGAUCGUUCUAAAUAUUUAGAUGGGUGUAGGUUUUGUGUCCAGUUCUUUUUUCAUUUGGACACUGGCUUCUUAAGGCAAUGAGAAAAAUGUUUUCAGCUUUUUGACUUUUCGCCUUUCGAUAGAAAUAGCAGAAGUAAAGUUUGAGUUAGAUUAGGUUAGAGAUUUUUCGUCGGAUGAUUUAAAACAUUAUCGACCAUAUUUUCAACAGUUUCGGCAUCUAACAGUCAAUGGUUAUCAAACCAAGCUUUAAAGCUAAUUUAUCGGAAUUAUAAUUUUUCGAGAGACCGCGAAUCACUCGUUCUAGCUUAUGUUGCCUCCAAACAUAAUCAAUACUCAACUAAUAUCUUUGUGUUAGAAAGAAUGAAUCAUUAGAUGGAUUCGAUCUUUUCGUUUAUUUCACUCUUAUAGCAGUGAAGAAAAUUAUACAUUUACUAUUGAGUCCUUUGGGGGUUUCAUUUUUUUUAGAGACGAGUCAGUUAAGGCUUUCAAAUAGUUUGAUAACCUCACUUACUUUGCAUUAAUGUCAUGUUGUGUGUAACAUUCUAUUUUGAUCUCGGAUUUUUAAACGAUUGACAACGUGUAUUUAUUUGACUUUCCUUUCAUUUCCAUUGAACGAUUGGCGAUGAAAUCAAGAAAACAAAAUACUAGGUUUAAAUCAUUUUUCUAAGCUAAGUCAUAAGAUGAAUCGAAUCGAUAAAAUUCUAAUAGUGUUACUGCAUUGAAAAAGCUUUGUGUUUAAGUCAUUCUGCUCUAGCAGAACUUGAAAGUUUUGUACAUUUGACUACAUACUGUUGAAGUACUAAGUGCUAAGUUUGAAGUCGCAUUUUCUAGAAGUAAUAUUAGCAGUAAGAAAUAAAAG